AUGCAGGAUCAAACUGCUCUGAAGCAGCAAUUGGAGGAGUUGGAGGAGCAGCAAAAGCAAAUCCAAAGUGGCUUGAAAGAGGCCUUGCAGCACCACCGCCGGCUCUGGGCCAACGAGCUGCAGCGAUGCCAAGAGACCUCCAAGGAGCUGGAAAAGGCCCUGGAAGACGAGCGGCAAAAGCACAAGGAGCAAAUCAAGGAAUGGGAGCGACGAUUGCAAAGCGAGCUGACCAAGAAGGAAUCGCAGUGGCGGGAAGAGGAUCCCUGCAUGGGUGGCCGCAAAGGCACGCGCCAGCGCCAAAGCAAAGGCCAGGAAGAUGGCGAUGGCAGCAGCCAGAACUGCAGCCAAGCCAAAGGCGAAGCCCAGGGCCGCUGCUUCAUCAUCCAAGUGCCUUGGCUGGAGUACCAUAGGGAUGCAGCGCCCAAACGUCGUGCCGCGGCGCCGGCGGCACCAGCAGGCAAGCUGCGCCGCACCGGUUCCAGUGAUGAUGUGACAAAGGCACCGGCAGCCAGAGGGAAGAAAGGAGGCGCCAAAGGGAAGAAAGUGGAUGAAAAUGUCCCUGGCGCUGGUUCCUUCAAAGUCUACGAGGACUAUGCUGUGAAGUUGAACCAGACCGAUGUGAAAGGCAACAACAAUAAGACCCAAUCUUUUGGGACGGGUUUUGCUGCACUGAUGCCUCCAUGGAACAUCGCGCCGGGCAGCCGGGUGGCGAUAAAAAGUCGCAAUGAAGAGAUUAUUCUUCGGAACCAGGCUGUGUCUGCUGCAGUCCGAGCGCAAAACUGGCCAAAAGCUCUUCGCAUUCUGCAAGAGGCCAGAGAGGAGUCACUUCAACUGACCUUGGUGUCCUACAACUCGGGCAUCAGCGCUGUCCGAAGAUGGCGAAGUGCGUUGGAGGCAGAUGUGAUAAGUUCCAACAGCACCAUGGACUCUUUGCAACGCUCCGCUGCCUGGGAGCUGGCGCUGGCCCUGCUGUUGAACCGGGAGGCCAAUGAGAUUUCACGGAAUUCUGCCAUGAGCGUGCUGGAGAAGUGCGCGCAGUGGCGAAAGGCUGUGCAGCUUUUUGGGGAGGACACGGCGUCUGUGAUUGGCUUCAAUGCUCUCAUCAGCUCCUGUGAGAAAGCCGGUUGCUGGCCAGCGGCUCUGGCAACCUUGAUGGAGAUGGAAAUGGGGCGGGUGCAACGAGAUGAGAUCAGCUUCAGCUCUGUCCUGACUUCAUUUGAGAAAGGAACGAAAUGGGCCAGGCUUUGUUGGCUCUUGGAAGAACUUCAGGAGAAAAUCGUGGCUGAUGUGAUCAUUUACAACACUGCCAUCUCAGCGGCUGAGAAAAUCUCAAAUUGGCAGAUGGCGCUGGCCUUCCUCCAAGAGAUCGGCGAAGCAUCGCUGCAGAUGGAUACCAUCUCAUUGAACGCUGCCAUCAGCGCUUGUGAGAAAGCAGCAGAGUGGCAUCGAGCGCUACAACUCUUUGAGAUGUCUCAUCAGAUUGAGCUGCCACCAAGUGCGGUGACUUUCGCUGCGAUCCUCUCAGCACUCGAAAAGGCUCCAGCCUGGCGUUUGGCUCUCCACACUCUGCGCAGCGCCACACGCCGCCGCGCCGCCUCCAUAGUGGCCUGCAGCGCCGGCAUCGCUGCCUGCGGCAAAGGGCAGCGAUGGCCAGAGGCUGUCGGGAUUCUGAAGGACCUGAAGGUACAUGGCUUGAGGGCCAACUUGGUGUCUUUCAAUUCGACUUUGACUGCCUGUGAAUUGGCUUCUCGUUGGAGGUGUAGUGUGUUGCUGCUCGAAGAGCUACAUCUUCAGCUUUUCGAAUCCCAACUGAUCAGCAUCAACUGCGUCCUAAGCGCCUUGGCCCGUGCGGGCACCGAGAAACUCGGCGCCUGGUGUGGCGCCGUGGGGUUGCUGGUGGCUUCGCAACGCGCAAUGACCACAGAUGUGCUGAGCUACAAAGAGGUCAUCGAGGCGUGUGCCUCACAACGACCUGCUGUCAUCACCCCCUGGUUGCUGGACUCUCUCGCUUCGAGUCUGAUGAAGACGGUCGCCGCAGUGUCGUUUCACGGGGCCCAGGUGAAGUGA